AUGUGGCUAAGUCGUCAUUUGAUUUUAAUUUCUUGGGAUAAGUCACAGGUGGGAAGAUCAGAAGAAGAAGGGUGUAUUUCAAUGAUGGAUUGGGAGAUGUUGGUCAAACAGUAUCAUGCAGAAACGGAACGAUACAAACAAGAAGCGAACGAAGCAAAAAACGAAUUAAAAGACUUUAUAACAUUUAGUCAGCAGAUUGAAGUGGAACUGGAUAAGGAGCUGAAUGCAGCUAACUUGUCGUUAAGUAAACGUGAAAAGGAAAUUGCUGUUUUGAUAAAAGAACGAGAUCGAUAUAAAGAAGAAGCUCAACGGCUCCGUGCAGAACAGUAUAGCAAAGAUAUGAAACUUAACGAUGAGUUGCAGGAAUUGAAAGUUGAAAAGGAAACUUUGAUAAGUGCUCUUCAUAAACUUGAGCAAAAAAAUGAUGAUUUAGAGAGAGAAUUAAGGAUAACAUGCGAGACUCUGAAGGACACUGAAAAAAAGUUAAAUGAAGAACUGGAGAUGCGGGCGUUACUCACUACGGAACUUGACAGCAAAGAAGACUUAAAGGUCCGUUGCCAGAGAUUAGAAGAUGAAAUUCGAGAUUUAAAAUUAGAUGGUAUGGUAAAAGAUACAAAACUGUCGAACUGUUCAAUUUCUAAUCAAUCUAAUGGGGUGCCUGCUACUCAGGGGAAAUACAAUUGUGGGAAUUUUAUUCAAGUGAAAAAUGGACGACAGAAUAACGGAACAUUGCAGCUCGCAAGGUCAGCAAAAAAUGGUUUUACUUUCUAUGAAAAUCAUGAUGCUUGUGCACAAGAUGUGAACAGAAAAACGUUAUUCACUGAUGCAAAUUCAAAAGGCAUUGGAUCGCGUGUGAACUCCUUACCACCUUCAUUAGCAAAUAGUAUUUCACCGAUCAUUGUCAAUCUCCUUGAAACGAUUCAGGCACUUGAAGAAAGACUGCUUUCAAUGCAUCCGGAACGAAGGACAAAUGUGGAAAAUGGAUUUGGAACAGCAAAUCGACAUUGA